CUGUUAGCUUGAGCGACUCUGGAAAGACUCCACUCGUCUCCUCUGUGAAUUCUCUCGGUAAAAGACCAUCGUAAAGGACGUCAAGUCUGAGACCAGGAAAUAUGGGCAAAAUGCAACUUUUGGCAAUUGUUGCAGUGCUAUUAGUCGUAUAUAGUGUGCAAGCCAAGGUGUACUUUCGGGAGGAGUUCUCGGACGGCGAUGAAUGGAGAAGUCGAUGGGUGGACUCCAAACACAAGUCUGACUAUGGCCAAUGGAAACUGACUGCUGGUGACUUCUAUGGAGACGUCGAGAAGGACAAAGGCCUCCAGACAAGCCAAGAUGCCCGAUUCUACGCGUCUUCAGCCCGCUUUGAGCCAUUCAGUAAUGAGGGGAAGAGUCUGGUCAUCCAGUUCACCGUCAAGCAUGAGCAAAAAAUCGACUGUGGCGGCGGCUACGUCAAGGUCUUUCCCGCGGACCUGGAUCAGGCAGCCAUGCACGGGGAAUCUUCGUACUAUAUUAUGUUUGGCCCAGAUAUAUGUGGCUACAGUACCAAAAAGGUGCAUGUCAUUUUCAAUUAUAAGGGACAGAAUCACCUCAUCAAGAAGGAAAUUAAGUGCAAGGAUGAUGAGCUGAGCCACCUGUACACGCUGAUCCUGAAUCCCGACCAGACCUACGAGGUGAAGAUCGACAAUGAAAAAGUAGAGUCUGGCAAACUGGAGGAAGACUGGGACUUUUUGCCCCCAAAGAUGAUCAAGGACCCCGAAGCCAAGAAGCCUGAGGACUGGGACGACCGCGCUAAGAUCGAUGACCCAGAUGACACCAAACCAGAGGAUUGGGACAAGCCAGAAAACAUCCCUGACCCUGAUGCCAAAAAGCCAGAGGACUGGGACGAAGACAUGGAUGGAGAAUGGGAGCCUCCCAUGAUCCCCAACCCAGAGUACAAAGGCGACUGGAAACCUAAACAGAUGGAUAAUCCCAAUUACAAAGGACCCUGGGUGCACCCUGAGAUCGACAAUCCUGAAUACAGCCCCGACUCAAACAUCUACAAGUUUGACAACAUAGCCGUGAUUGGUCUCGACCUUUGGCAGGUGAAAUCUGGCACCAUCUUUGACAACUUCCUGAUCACCGACGAUGUGAAGGAAGCAGAGGACAUCGGAAAUGAGACCUGGGGCGUCACAAAGGAACCUGAGCGUAAAAUGAAACAAGAGCAAGACGAUCUCAAACGAAAGGAAGAGGAGGAGAAAAACAAAGAGCAGGAUACACAAAUGGAGGAGGACGAAGAUGACGAUGAAGAUGAUGAAGAGGAUGAAGACCAGGAGGACGAGGAGGGACUUUCGGAAGGAGAUGAGGAUGACGCGAAGCCUAAAGAUGAGCUUUGAGAAGGGUCUGCUUGUCAGAAAAAAAAACUCUUGUGCACAUUCCAGGGAAACCGUGGCUGCUGUGCAUCCUCAACCUUAGAAAUACAAAAAACAAGGAAAAAAAGUCAACAAGGGGGGGAUAAAUGUAGCUUUGGCCACUCUGUCAACAUGGCGUCUCCAUACUACUGACUCGACGCAUAAGUUCACAUUUUUAUAAAGAUCUUAAGUUAAGGAACUCUCCUGUCAUUUUCCCCAUUACAUUUUUGUCAUAGUGAAUUGUCAGCAGUCUUUUUUUUUAUUUUUUAUUUUAACAAAGCAUUCAUAUUUGUGAUGUUUUGUAUUUUUCAGAUCACACAAAAAUAUGGGAUACUAUUGUAAUGUUUUAAAGUCAACCAUCCUACUAAUCAAAUGGAAAUUUGACUCCUUCCUCGUUUCAUCAAAUCAAGGCAGUUGUUUCUUUCUGUUGGUCUAAAUAAAUUCUACCAAAGUUUGUAAUAAAACUUCUCAACUAUUAA